AGGUCCCAAUACUUCAGACAAGUGAACGUUUCCCGCCUAUUUUCCAGAUCGCAAAGGCCGAAUUCUGAUCAGCAAGCAGUUGAACGCCCUCUUCCGAGUCGGCUGAUGUGUCGCCAGGAUGCUGCUGUCGCCAGGGUUCAACCCUUCAACUUGACAACACUGUACUCAACCCCAAACCACCAAUCUCAAAAGAGUGGAAGGCACUUGAACGCUUUCCUUCAACGUCAUUUUCAUCUUCGCAAGUUGACCGAAAUCAAGGGGUUAGCAGAGAAUGCAUCGGACCUUGGGUACAGUCGGUCGAUCGGUUUCUGCUUGGCCAGCUGUUGGGUUAGAAACCAGAGAUGGACUAUGACGUCUGAAGUGCGCCAAAAGGUUGGUCAGGCAGACUCCAGUAGGCAAAUCUGCACCCAAGACCCUAUGAGAUUCGCAGAAGCUGUGAUUUCCGUGGAGAAAAGAGGCUCUGCGCAGGCUGCUUGAAGCUGAAGAGUGUUGUUGGUGAGAAGUGACAACCUCUAGCUUCUCCAAUUGAACACUGCCCAAUGGUUGAGACAUGAUGACGCACCUGUAUCAACGAGUAGAAUCAUUGGUUGUACGGCAAGUUUCUGACAGGAGAAGGCCACCAAUUGCGCAGUUUCUAGUUGCCGCUUAUCAGGCAGGCUACGCAGGCCGCAAAACCCGUACAUCCGUAGUGUCUCUUUCAGUCUCUUUUGGGCUGCGCCAUGGGCUGAGCUGGACCUCAUGAUGCGCAUUUCCAGGGAUGCCGCAUAAGCGGACUCAGCUGCAGCCGCGAUCCUUUAUGUCCUGUUCUCGAUAGGAAA